AUGGGCCAGUGUGUAUCGAGCGAAGGCAGCAGCACAACUGGCGCUGGUGUCAGUGCUAGUCAGCCUGAAGCCCGCUGUCAGGCACCUGGUUGCCAGAGGGCUACCGACCCAGCAUCAAGAUCGCGAUACUGUAUACAACAUGCCGUGUGCAAGAAGCAGGGAUGUACGAAGCCGCGAUAUCGUCGGGGUCCAUAUUGUCAAGAACACUUACAUACGUGUCGGACGUCUAGGUGUUUGAACGAGCAGGCCAAGGUUACUGAUGUCUGGUUCACCAAUAACCUGUGCCUCGUACAUCAGCCGGAAGCCGUUCUCCAGACGUACUUCUACCAAGACGCUUCGAAUCCCGAAGCAGUGUCGGGGGCAGAAGUGAAUGGUCAUCAACAGCGCACUCGCCGGCGCCGUUCACAUCCAAAACCUAAACCAACCCCUACCUCGGUGCCUGAAUCCCGCGACAGCUCUGGAGACUCUUCGUCUGAGUCAGGCGACGAAAAUGCUAUUGUGUCGGGCCAUCAGUUGCCUGCAGUGAUGCCUACGAUAGAGAGAGAUUUUGAUGUUGAAGAUGGCAUUCUUCCCUCAAUCAUGAAGACAUCGGAAGAGCACAGGGAUGAUAUGCCCGCAACCCCUCGUCGAAGUCAGAAGACGGUCCACUUUGCAGACUCCCCUCAGCGACCCUCAUCCCCUGAGAAGCGCUUUGUCGAUACCACCAACACCGGGCCAAAGGAAACAACGAACCAGUCGUCGCCUCCUCUUCAUUCCUCACGGCACCGCCGUCGUGUCGAGCACCGCCGCUCAUCGCCAAGGAUGUCGAGCAACUCUGUUGUCACAGCGGGUCAUGGCCGCGAAAAACGACACACCCGUAGCGGGAGCGGUGGCAGCAGUAGCACCAGCAACGCCAUAAAAACAGCCGACGUGAAGCGAACGACCAGGACAGGGGCUAACCGCUGA